UUUCCGCGUUCAAAACAACUGGGAACGAGGAACUCGUGAAGCUCCGACUUCAGUGCGUUCAAAACAACUGGGAGCUCGGGGAAAAAAACUCCGUCUGGGAAAAAUUAUUUUGUACGGUCAUCCAACUCGGAAUUCCAACUUGGGCACUUUCUCUUUAUUUGACUUCCUAUUUUCCGAGUUCCCAGUUGUUUUGAACGCGGCAACUCUGCCUUGGCAUUACACGGCCAUGACGUUCAAAACAACACACUUUCGUCGUUAUCGGUUCGUAAUGUCAGAGAACUUGGUAGUGACAUAAAAUCCUCUUUCGCAAACUAGCUACAAUGCUGAAGCCUGAAUUGAUACAGAUUUUGACAGCGAGUGAUUUGGUUGAUUUACGAAUCGACGAAAUUCCUAAAUUGCAGGUGGGCUUCAGACCGGGGAGUUUGUUCAGUUCGUUCACAUCACAGGACAGGGAGGCGAGGUUAACGUUCACCUUCAUUCCACAUCAAAUACUGCUCAACAAGGACCACGAGUUUUUUGAGGAUGGGGACAUACAUAGACACCUGUACCUCCAGAACCUCUCAACCUGCCCAGCUUAUGACUCACCUACAGCCAGGCAGUGUGAGUUCAGGUGUCAUAUAUCUGGCUGUAGCCAGGUGUUCAGUACUGUGGAGGACUAUGAGCAUCACUAUAACAUGCUCCACAGACACGUGUGUUCUUCCUGCCAGAGGUCGCUGCCCUCCGCUCGCCUGCUCGACAUCCACAUCCAGGAGUGGCACGACUCGCUCUUCAGCAUUCUGGCUGAAAGGCAGGACAUGUACCAGUGUCUAGUGGAGGGUUGUGGUUUGAAGUUCAGAACCAGAGAACAGAGGAAAGACCAUAUGAUCAAGAUCCAUAAGUACCCUUCUGACUUCAUGUUCGACAAGGCGAAGAGGAUCAAGAAUAUCAAAAUAGCGAAGAAGAAUAUGCCACAGAAAGGCACAAGUAUGGAGGUGUCCAUGAGUGUGAGUGAACCUGAGGGUGUGUGUGAGGUGUUGCCUGACCAACCAGAGGAAGAGGAAUAUAUGGAGAUAAAUCACUCUCUGGAACCAGGUAUCCUGGACCCUGCAGGAAUCCCAAUUAACACAGUAGAGCUGCCCACAGAUCAUGAUACUGCCCCAAUCCUCUCUGUCACCAUCCAGCCCACCACAAACCAACAGAGACCACAGCACAACAGAGAGAGACACUCCUACAGGGUUCCUAGGACGGUGUGUUUCGGCCAGGGUUCUGUCCAAGGGUUCAGAGGUCGUGGCAGGAGGAUUUAGAGAAUCUUUAAAGGUAACCAUGGUAACACCAACAGCCCUGCAGGUAGAGGAGAGGUCCGGCUGGCAUCAUCUCUCCCACUGCAAGCAUCUCCCAGAGUGGAAGCCAUGGAUGAGCGACUGGAGGGAGGGAGAGCAGGGCCCCGAGAACAUCUGAAGGAAGAAAAAGAUCCGAGCCACAGGACAGGAGCAGAAGGCCGAGACAAAAGGCCAUAAGAACCAUACAGAGGGUUCAUCCACAGAACCUGAAGAAUCAUCAAAUGUCGAGGAAAUCAUCAUAUACACACUCUAUGGUUGUGAAACAAGAAAAUCGCAACCGUGGAAAUAAACAUGCAGGGUAUUUAUUGCUCUCCAAAUCUUACCCGUUCCCUUUGUGGACAGGGAUGAGGAGAAUAAUAAAUGGGUAAAAACAGUGACAUACAUUGGAUUACAGGGGAGGGGGAACACAUCUGGCACACGGGUAAUUAUUUUCCAGAAACCCACCUCCACAGCAUUUCUGUGGGGAACCCAGGCAGUACCAAUUGGAAAGAAUGAUUUUGGAUGUAGAUUACUCCAGUUUAUGAAAAGGUACAAUACUAGGGCUCGACAAAGAAAAAGCAAUUAUACUAUUCUGAUGUUGGUCAAUAAGGGGAAGGAAGCAACAUGGGAAGGUGGAUUAUCCAAUAGGUAAUAGUUCAGAUGCAGCUGAAGAAUUUAAGGAGGGUGGGAACAUUGAGACUGAAUGGCCAAGGUAGGAGAAGGUUCAUAGCUUACAACCAGGUAACAAUUCCCAGCUGAUUAAAAGCAUAGGACCUCCAAAAGUACAAUGGGGAGAGUAUCUGACUGGUAGUGUAAAGCCCUAAAUGAUAAAGGAGAUGUUGUGUUGGCAGGAUUAAAACCCACAAUAACGCCCCCUGUUUGUAUCUGCAACUCAGGGAAUGUGGAUGUAGGAAACACCACUAAUUGCCUGUCUUACACAGACCUAAAAACAGAUACAAAUAGUUUUGAUGUACUGGAUGGGCAACAAUUGAUAACUAGGGUAAAUAUGUCAAACAUAGGCAAAGGCAUGGGGACACCUCCGGAUCUUCUCUGGAUCUGUGGGGGUAAUGGCUACAUUUUCCUCCCCAUGGGAUGGAAAGGGUGUUAUUAUCUGGGGAAAACUGAACUGACAGUAGCAACAUUACUUGCUUCUGCGUUGCUGAAUAUGUCUUUGCAAAUUAGUUUCAGAUUGAAUGGCAGAGCUAAAAGAGCAAUGGCUCAAAAUAAUGAAGCUUAUGGACAUGUGCUGUCUCAGGUAGAGAUGUCAGCCCUAGUAAUAUUCCAGGUGUAGGAGUUGUAGUAAAGGGGAUUAACAAUUUGACAUAUUCCAUGUAGGCCCUUACUAAUUUGAUAGUACAGGGUUUUACUCAGUUGUCAAUAGAUGUGCAGAAUUUGAAGGCAGUAGUGACCAGAGACAAAAUGGCACAUAUUGGCUAAAGACUGAGUGGUCUACAGGUCCCUUGGAAUAAACAAUGAGGAUUACUGUGUCAUGUUGCUUCUUGACUCCUCUUACGACAUGACAGCUAUUAUUAAUGACCUGGCUAAAUUAGGAGGUACUCUGGGAAAAGCUGUCAACACCAUCUUUGACCAAAUUGGACACUGGUUUAAUGGUGUAUUUGGAAACGUGAUGGGGAAGGUAAUGAUGUUCCUGUUUGCCAUGAUUGUUCCACUCCUGGUAGGACAACUGUGUUUUGCUUUUGAUUUAUGUAUAAUAAAGUGCUUUGCUAGAAAGACUGUUGAAAAUUUGGGGAUUAUGGAACACAUGUAUGUUGGGGUGGUCACAAGAAGGGAGAAAACUUACCUAAUGUGGUAGAGGGAAGAUAUGAGAGAUACUAGAGCUUGUCAUGAAUAUAUGGGUCAACUGAGAGAAGAGUAUAGUGAUAGCAGAAACUAUGAUAAAGGGGAUUUUAGUGUGUUAGACUUACAGGUGACAGGUGUAAACUUUUCCAGGAUAGAGGAAGGCAUGGGAGCACUUUUUGAAUGAAUGUGAGUAUGCAGUCACUGAUCUUUUCAAUGAAACAGGUAAAACCAACUCUGGGGAACCGAAGCAUGACAAACGACUCAUCCCAGACAAUCAGGAAGCCUAUGGUCAUGUCCUACACCCGGGUGAGAUGUUGGUAUGUCAAUCAUACCCUCCUGGGGUGUGGCUGUUCUGGGAAAGUGGGUGAAUAAUUGAACCUACUCUUUACAGGCCCAUAUGAGUUUAACGAUCCGAGGAUUUAGUCAACUCUCAUUAGAUGUCCAAAAUCUGAAAGCAGUCGUCAGCUGCCAUGAGUUGGCUAUAGAUUAUCCUUUGGUGAAGGAAGGAGGAUACUGUAAUGUACUAGGUAUUAUUGAUCCUGAAAAUUGUGUUAUGCUUCUCCCUGACUCCUCUGAGAAUAUGACUGUAAUUAUUGAUAUGAUUGCUGAUCUUAGUAUAACUCUCAAAAUCUGAAAAAUCUGUUUUGACAAAAUUGGUGACUGGUUUAAUGCUAUAUUUGGAAAUGUGAUGGGAAAAGUUAUUUUGACUAUGUUUUUAUUUUUUAUUGCUAUACUGGUGGGAGGUUUGGUGACUGGUUACUGUUUAUAUUUGUAAGAAAAUGACUAACUGCUCUUGAACAUGCUGGAAUGAUGGUGUUGGUGGAAUCUGAUACAAAUCGUGCUGAAGGUGAUACCUGUUAAUUUCUCUUAAUCCCAUUGUUUAUUUAACUCUGUGGUUCUUCCCUGGACACAAGAGGAAUGGGAGUAUAGCCAGAUUCACCCACCCCCAACAGCAUUCCAGGAACCUCAGGAGUUUUUUCUCCUUUUAGAAUCAACUGGGAUCAACUGGAUCUGGGGGAUAUGCCUAAUCUAUUUGAUUUCAGAGGAGAAUAUUAUGAUUGAAGCUGUGAGACUAAUUAGUCUCAAAGGGGGAAAUGUCAGGAUUCACCUAGCGGUCAUGAUUUGGGGCUGUACAAAUGUUUGAUGUAUUAGAAUAAUUGAUUAUGCUUAUGUUAUAUUAAUAGAAGGGGAGGGGUUAUAAGAUCCCUCCCUCCUUACAUUUUAUAGGGUCCUAGACUACAGAUUAACAACAUAUAUAUUAAUUAUAUAGUUUUAGAAUUGUUCCACAGUUGUUUGUUCUCGCUCUCAUGAUGUGUGACUGAGACAGAACUCUGCAGGGGAGUGUGGGAGAUAAGAGACUACUCAGACAUUCCACAAUAAAUCAACUUUGGGGAGGGGACAUUUAUUGGCUAGCUUUUAGAUAAACACAAACUCUAUGUUUGUAUAGCUAUGGAUGCAGGGUUUUGGUCUCAGGAGUAAAAAGAUAAUGACGUAGUCAGUGACAUCACUAAGGCGGGACUUCGGUUUAAUAAAACAACUUCAGACCUUUUGUUUGAUGCAGAACUUACUCAGAAACAUGCGUGCUAUGUUCCUGUGUGUCAACUUCUGUCUGCAAUUGCAGUAAUAAAGGUUUUUGAAUUAUUUAA